GAGAGUAAUGAUAAAAAUGAUAUUGAAAGCCAAUCAUAUAUCAAUAUUGAUAGCAUGGACAGUUUACGUGAAACUAUCAGGGUGAUGUUUUACUUUCGCGGAUCAUGGUUAAUAACACUGUUAUUAUUAGCGUAUAAUCACGACUUUAAUUGCGCUCAUUGUGUGCAUUGGGUUUGGUAUACGACUAUUGUCUACGCGAUUAUACUGUCCAUCAUUAUGACAGCCGAUGCCAUCACUCUCUAUGUAUUGUCGUCCUAUGGCUUAGCCGACAGAGUAUUACUUGUCGUCAAACUAUUGCUUUGCUUCAGAGGCCGUAUCACAUCCAUGGAC